AUGGGUGUCAGUGACGUUCCCGAGGCGCAGACCGCGAAUAAACCUGAAAGCUCCUUCGGGUUGCGGCACCUGAUCGUGUUCCUUCUGUUCCUGGCGACCACCGUGUCGUACGCGACGCGGGUGAGCAUGAGCGUGGCUAUCGUCGCCAUGACAACCGACAACGAAUACGGAUACCCGGUGUUCGACUGGGAGAGAACAGUCCAGGAUACUAUCCUCUCAUCCUUCUUCUGGGGUUACAUUCUACUGCAGAUUCCCGCCGGCAUGUUGGCCGGUCGUUUUGGCGGGAAAAUGUUCAUAUCCGUCGCUAUGAUCAUCACUGGGAUUGUCAAUCUAUUCACGCCGCUCGCUGCCGAAAAAGGUGGCUGGAUGGCAGUGUGCGCUUGCCGCAUUCUCAUGGGAUUGUCACAAGGCUUGCUGUACCCGAGUCUUCAUGGUCUUUUGGGGCAAUGGGCCCCUAUAACGGAGAGGAGUCGAAUGGGGACUUUCAUCUAUGCAGGUGCUCAACUUGGCACCAUCAUUGAGAUGAUGAUGGCUGGCGUGCUCUCUGCUGGGCCGUGGGGCUGGCCAUCCGUGUUCUACGUAGCCGGGAUCUCUUGCUUGGCACUAGCGGCUGUGUGGAUGAUUUUCGGUGCCUCUACCCCAAGCACUUGCAGGUGGAUCACAAAGGAAGAGAAGAAAUAUAUAGAGACAAACGUCGGCUCUACAGAUAUUAACGAACAAAAGAAAAUGGCGACACCAUGGAGAAGCAUUUUGACUUCUUUACCUUUCUGGGCGAUUCUUCUCGCGCACAGUGGCCAAAGCCUCGGCUUCUGGACUCUGCUCACUGAAAUACCAUCCUACAUGAACAAAGUUCUUGGUGUUAACAUAAAAAGCAAUGGGCUCCUAUCGGCACUUCCGUAUGUGGCGAUGUACAUCCUGAGCUUUAUAUUCAGCUGGAGUUCCGACUUCCUCGUCAACAGAAACAUCAUCGCUUUGCCGACCGCUCGAAAAGUGUUUAACACGAUCGCCUUCUGGGGCCCAGCCGCUGCCUUGCUCGGAUUGUCGUACAUCCCCGCUGGCCACCUCACCCUCGCGGUGGUCAUACUGACACUGACUGUUGGGCUCAAUGGAGCCCACUACGUCGGAUUUCUGAUCUCGCACAUUGACCUAUCCCCCAACUUCGCCAGCACCCUGAUGGGUAUCACAAAUGGGUGCGGGAACAUAUUCUCCAUCAUGGCACCCCUGAGCGUGUCACUGGUAGUGAAAGAUGAGUCAAGCGCAUCAGAGUGGAGGAACGUCUUUUUCAUCUCUAUAGCGUUCUAUUUCCUGAGCAAUCUUUUCUUCAUCCUGUUCAUGUCGGGAAAGGUUCAAGAGUGGAAUGAACCGCAGCCUUCUAAAACUUUGGAGGAUGGCGUUAAAGGAGGCGAAGUUGUCGACACCAGCACCAGUAAAAACAAAACAAACAUCGAGAAGUUU